UCCCUCUCCGUGUGCCGGUGCAGCAGGGAUGUGAGGAUGUUGUAAUGUCUGAUUGAGCUGAGCUCGGUCGCCGCUGCCACCGCCGCUACUCUGUGGGCCUGUGGGACUGCUGGAAAAGCCUAGGCCUCGCUUGUCUGGAGCGCCCCGCUGCACGGCUGAGGCGACGGGCCAGCGAGCUCCCCGGCUGCGAGGCUGCGUGGAGCAGGAAGGUGGAGGAGGAAGUGGAGGAGGAGGAGGAUGAGAAGCACUCUGAGCCUGCAUGCCCAUGGGAAGCAGCAUGCACGGCAGCUGCGUUCGUCACUCCAGACCCAUCGCUGAGGCUUAGAUUGCUUCUCCAUCGUAAGGUGAUGCUCUUUGGGCCGUGUUGUGCUGUUUUUAAACCGAGGAGCGAGUGUUUUCCAUCCUAAACUGACGGAAGAAAGAGAGUCAAGGCCCUGCACCUCCAUGCUACCUGAUUCAAACGAGGCCUCCUCCCUCCUUACUCCUUCUGAGUGAACCAGGCCCUUGUUUUUUCUUUUUCUUGACAUUCUAAGGAUUUGCCUAAACCUGUUUCAUGCAUGUCCACUGGAGGCAGGUUUGACUUUGAUGAUGGGGGGUCGUACUGCGGGGGGUGGGAGCAGGGUAAGGCCCAUGGCCGAGGGGUCUGCACGGGGCCCCAGGGUCAGGGUGAGUACGCGGGGGCCUGGAGCCAUGGCUUCGAGGUCCUGGGCGUGUACACGUGGCCCAGUGGGAACAGCUAUCAAGGCACCUGGGCGCAGGGCAAGCGGCAUGGCAUCGGAGUGGAGAGCAAGGGCCGGUGGGAGUACAGAGGGGAGUGGACGCAGGGGUUCAAAGGCCGUUAUGGGCAGCUGGAGAGCACGGCCAGCGGGGCCCGGUACGAGGGGACGUGGAGCAACGGUCUGCAAGAUGGAUACGGCACUGAAACCUACUCCGACGGAGGAACCUACCAAGGCCAGUGGCUGGGUGGGAUGCGUCACGGCUAUGGCGUGCGGCAGAGUGUACCGUACGGUAUGGCGGCCGUCAUCCUCUUCCCUCUGCGAACAUCCAUAAACUCCCUCCGCUCUGAGCACAGCCACGGGCCCCCAGCUGUGCUGGAGGACGGCAAUGCCACCACGCCCACAGACGGUGUGGUGGCCGGGCUGGCCGGGAGCCCAGUGGGCCGAGGUGGGUUCGCUCUGACAGCUCCAAGUGAAGCUGAACGCCAGAGGAAGAGAAAAGGCCGUUUCCGCCAGUCCAUCCUGAGCGGCCUGAAGCUGCGACGCUCCGAGUCCAAAAGCUCUCUGGCAAGUCAGCUCAGCAAGCAGAGCUCCUUCUGCAGCGAGGCCGGCAUGAGCACCGUCAGCUCUGCUGCAUCUGACAUCCACUCCAACGCCAGUGAGAGUGAGCAAGGCGCCCCUGUGGACGCAACUGUCACAGAGAUGUAUGCUGGCGAGUGGCGGAGCGACCAGAGGGCCGGCUGGGGCGUGAGUCGACGCUCAGACGGCCUGCAUUACGCAGGUGAAUGGGCGGGGAACAAGAGGCAUGGGUAUGGCUGCACCACCUUCCCUGAUGGCACCAAGGAGGAAGGAAAGUACAAACAGAACGUGCUGGUGAGUGGAAAACGCAAGAACUUGAUUCCGCUGAGGGCCAGUAAAAUCAGAGAGAAGGUGGACAGAGCUGUUGAGGCUGCUGAGAAGGCCGCAGACAUCGCCAAGCAGAAAGCAGAGAUCGCCAUGUCAAGGAUGAGCCACGCUCGGGGGAAGGCAGAGGCAGCUGAAGGCGUGGCGCAGAAGGCCAUGGAGGAGUGUCGACUGGCCCGGAUAGCUGCCAAAGAGCUCUCCCCCUCCUUCCACAUCUAUGGGAACGGGCUCGAAUGUCAGAGGCCCAAGCACCAGGAUGCCAAGGACAAAGACCAUGAGGUCAUCUCCACAGGAACAGACAGUCCGGAGCUGUGCACUCCGGACACCACGCCGCCUGUAAUAACACCUGAUCUCAGCCCCGUGCUGAGCGUACCCACCUCGCCCCCCCACAGCCCGCCCAAGCACGCCCAUCGCCCCAGAAAUGCUUGCUUCAUGCGCCAGAGUGCCGUGGAUGAUCAGGGCGGGGCUGAGAUCCAGGUGCUGGUGGAGGGGCGGGGAGUGGAUCUGCCGAGGGGAGGGGCUAACAAUUGGACUGAUGACAUGUACCCGGAGCGAGGGGGCAGCAGCCGAUCCACCACACCUUCCCUUCUGGAAGAGCAGGAGGGCCAAAUCAACGGCCACGAGCAAGCCCCUCUGUCCAACCACAAACCACGGGAGAAAUCCUUGUCCAAUCACAAGUCCCGGGAGCACGCUUCCUCCUACAGAGCGUGGGAGCACUCCCUGUCCAACCAAAAGCCCUCCAAGCAUGCCUCUUCCAAUCACAAGUCAAGGGAGUACUCAUCCUCCAAUCACAAAACAUGGGAUCAUUCUUCAACCAAUCACAAGGCCUGUGAGCAUGCCUCUUCCAACUACAAGCCGCAGGUGCACAUUUUGUCCAAUCACAAAGCCUUGGAACAUAACAUGUCCAAUCACAAGACUUCUGAGCAUGCUUCUUCCAAUCACAAAUCCCAAGAUUAUAUCUCCUCUAAUCACAAUGCAAAGGACCACGUCUCUUCUAGUUAUAACCCUCGAGAGCAUGUCUACUCCAACCACCAUCCAAAGCAGCACAACCCCUCCAACCACAAGCUUAACGAGCAUGCUGUAAUCGACCAAAGGCUAGAUGGCCUCACGGUGGGCUGGACUGCUGAAAGCACCCUUAGGUGGAGCCCCGCCCACUCACGCCUCACAGAGCAGGACGAGGAGAGGAUGAAUGACUACACGGUUGACAUGAGGCUUCAGUGUCCGGACUCACAGACAUCUCGGGGGCUGGGCCAGGAGUCCCCCGCCCCCAAAAACAACAGGCUGCGAUCCCGAGGCCUUCGGCCGGUUAGAGAGGGAUCCAUGGACUCUGUACAGAUGCUGGACAACCUGAAUGUGGGGGCAGAGCUGGAGGAGUGGCCUCUGCACAGGGACCUCACCCUCUCCCCACCCCUAAAGUCUCAGCCCAUCACUCUGGAGCAGGAAGGAGAGCAUCUCACCCUCAAAUCAAACUCAGGCUCCAGCUCUAUUCUGGUGGUUAUGGUCAUUUUACUCAAUAUUGGAGUAGCCAUUCUUUUCAUUCACUUCUUUAUUUAAGCUUAUACAGGUAUGAUCUACUAAGACUUAUUGAUAAUUACAGUAUAUGAUAUUAUUACUUACCGAGACGGACAUUCUGCCUAUUCGACUGGAGCCCGCAGCCCGAGUGACGGACACAGCAGAGCCUUUCUAUUGUUGCUACUGGUCUUUCCACCUCUGUUGAAGCCCAUUUCAGUUUCUCUGAGAGCACCGUUCCUUUUCAAAAUGCUUAUUUUGAACUUGCAACCAUAGAAAAAAAAAAGGUGAUUGGAUAAGAGUCACAGGAGGGUAAAGAGUGCAGCUUUAAACUAGCGCGGUGUAUCGGGACACACAUGCAUGGGUGUCCAUCACAUACGGACUGGAGAUGGCACAGGCAGUUUUGCCCAUUUUUCCAUCACUCUAGACAAGAAUAUAGCAACCCCUGUUUCCUGGUUAUCAUGAGGAACAUGCUAACCAAGAGCAU